AUGUGGACUAGUGCGUUGUUUCGUCGGGCCCUUCCUGCUCUACGGUGCUUUUCCCCGGCCCUUAGGGCCCGUUGGGGUCCCCCCCCCUCCCCCAUAUCUGCGUCUCCCAUCCGUGGGCAGCAGACUCUGGGUUCUUCGCCUCUCCCCGUGACGGGUUUGGGUGUGAGGGGGGUCCGGGCCCUGGAUGAGGAGCGUCUGGUGGAGGUGGAGUGGGGGGAAGGGGGGCGGAGCCUGUUCCCCUUCACCUGGCUCCGGGAUAACUGCCAGUGCCCGCGCUGCACGCUGCCGUCCGCCCAGGCCCGCCUGCUGCCGCUCUCAGACCUGGACCUGCACACCGGGGUGGAAACCGUGCAGGUUACCCACGGCAACAAGGCAGGUUCAGGUCCCGUCAGGCACGUGAGCGUUUUUGAGGCCGAGUGGCUGAAGAAACGCUGCUUCUCCCGCCCCGCCCGCCGCGCCAUGCAGGAGGAGCUGUUCCUCAACGAAACCUGA